AUGAUGUCCACGAUCCAGAACCGUGGAACCUCUCUGCUCGCGCAGCUAACAUCUCCGCCGAAUAUAUCUCUACAAUUACUCGGAACGCAUACGACGGACAAGCAGACUGAAGUCGUCGAUUUUGAUCUCUGGAUUGAUUGUUCAAAGAAAGCGAAAAUCAAGUCUGGAGAAUUCUUGACGGGCAACGAAAGUGAUCAUCGCUCUUGGGACCGGUCGAGUGAAUCCAGUGACAGUUUCUCGAAAACAUCAUCUGGCUGGCUCCAAGAUUGGCUUGCUAACAGCAACGAAGGAAGAAGCUGGACGAUCCGUAAACUCGUUAGUCUACGCGAUGACGACUCCGCUGCUAUAAAAGCUUAUGCGGAGGGCCUCGCACUCAAAGUCGCGUAUGGCGGAUCUAUCAUUGUUAAAAUUCAUACACCACCUCUCGAGGCGGAUGUUGCUGAAAACACCGCCGAGGUUCGAGCGGAAUGGAGCUUUGGCUCACCAUUCAUUCCCACGGAACAAGCAUGGGACCUGUUGGUAAUGAAUGCAAUGGUCGACCGUAGAACAGGAUUUAUCUCUGUUGAUGAGCCACGACCAUCCCACGGAAGAUCACCAUUUCGUAGGGCCAUGAAAUCCAACAACACUUCUACGGUCGUAUCACAGGUUCAAAAUGAGGAGGGUUUCAAGCAUACAGUACGACAAUACUCGAAAUGGGGAUCUGAUACUUAA